GAUACUUUAAUAGUUCGCAAAAAAACUUCUGAAUACCUUGAACUCGUGUUUAAUGAAGAAAAUCCAAAAAAGCGAAAUUUACCAACAACGUUGAAUCCGAAUUUAGCUGCACAAGCAAAACGAAAGGGUGUCUUUGGCGGUACUAAAAGCGUUAAAACAUCAUUAAAGACACGUUUUCAAGCAGAAACUAUUUACUUGACCACAAUAUUGUUCACUUGUGAUAAUAAAAUAUUAAUAACUUCUGGUAGUAGUAAAAUGUUUCCUACUAUUGAAGUUAUACGUGACGAAAAAAUUUUCGGUAAUUUUGAGGAUGAUAGUGAAGAAUUUGCUCAUGUGAUAAGAUCUUCAUUAGACUGGUCAACUUCCAAGGAGGUUUAUAAUGACUCAUCAAGUGAUUCGGAUUCAUUUCACUCUGCGCAUUCAAAUUCGA